AUGGCCAUCAAGGAGUUUUAUGCAAAUCUCAUGCCCACUGUCAAGGAAGCAAGGUCAUCCCAAUAUGGGCGUGUCUGGCUGCAGAACAAAUAUUACAAUUUCUCACCUACUACCAUAAACAUCUAUCUUGGUAUUGAUGCAGAUGAUAUUGAGGAUCCUGACAUUGAUGUGAAUAUGCUCACAAAGGUCAUCGCCGGAGGGACCUACAGUUACUGGCCUACUGAAACCAACAUGCUGCCUGCAAAAUCGCUUACUACCAAGUAUGCCAUCCUGCACAAAAUUGCAAUGACUAACUGGCUGCCAAGUGAGCAUAGAGGUGCACUGAAUCUUCAAAUGGAGAAUUUGAUCUACAAAAUUGGUAAGGGCAUUCCGAUUAACCUGGGCAAUCUCAUUUUCAAACAAGUGGUCAGCUUUAGAGAUCCUGCUACCAAGGAAAACAAGACCUUCCGACCUAAUGCUAGUGAGCCAAUGGAGGGACCAAAAGUCAGACUGAUAGACGCUCGCCUCAAACAAGGGUCGCAUGUACUGGAUAUUUAUCCUGAACACAGAAGCAACUCUGCACAACCUCUAGCCAUUGGUCAUUCACAAACAAGCCAGCUGACUGCUCAGCUCUUAGAUAAGAGCAUCCAAGACUUAAACACGAUCAUUCAAAUCUUGGUUGAGAAAAGGGAAGUUGAAAUGCAACUACGUGAAGAGUUAAGGCUAAGGGAGCAAGAGAUGAUAGCUACUACACAAACUGCUGAACCUGCACAAUCUGCUGAACCUGCUGAGGGAAACCCAAUUGUUGCUGAGAAUGUUCUGACCAGCCAGGAGGCUGUGUCAUCAGAAUCUGAUUGA